CGUGCGCUGGGCGCGCUGGGAGGCGGCGAUCGCAGCUGGGCCGGGACUUCCUUCCUCCACCGCAGGACGACAAAACAACCCGCGGGAGGCACUGAGCUCUUGGCAGCUGUCUGCGUGAGAGGCGCAGCCAUGGGCUCCGUGCUGAGCAGCGAUAGCGGCAAAUCCUCGCCCGCCUCGGCCGCCCCGCGGGCCCUGGAGCGCAGACGGGACCCCGAGGUGCCCGUCACGUCCUUCGACUGCUCCGUGUGCCUCGAGGUGUUGCACCAGCCUGUGAGGACCCGCUGUGGCCACGUAUUCUGCCGUUCCUGUAUUGCUACCAGUCUAAAGAACAAUAAGUGGACCUGUCCUUACUGCCGGGCAUAUCUUCCCUCAGAAGGAGUUCCAGCAACGGAUGUAGCAAAAAGAAUGAAAUCAGAGUACCAGAACUGUACCGAGUGUGACACCCUGGUUUGCCUCAGCGAAAUGAGGGCACACAUAAGAACUUGUCAGAAGUACAUAGAUAAAUAUGGACCACUACAAGAACUUGGGGAGACAACAGCAAGGUGUGUAUGUCCAUUUUGUCAGAAGGAAUUGGAUGAAGACAGCUUGCUGGAUCAUUGUAUUACUCAUCACAGAUCAGAAAGGAGACCUGUGUUCUGCCCACUUUGCCGUUUAAUACCUAAUGAGAAUCCAAACAGCUUCAAUGGCAGUUUAAUAAGACAUUUGCAGGUCAAUCACACUCUGCUCUAUGAGGAUUUCUUAGAUUUUAAUAUAAUUGAGGAAGCUCUUAUCCGAAGGGUAUUAGACCGGUCACUUCUGGAAUACGUGAAUCAUUCGAGCACCACAUAAUGUUAUUAAAAGGAAAAGGAAGGAGACCAUACAGUUGCACCAUUUGUUAAGAUGCUGCUUGAACAGUUGGAGGGAAAUUGUCAGUGUUUGGUGGGCAAAAAUGUACAACACAGUUAUGUGUUUGUCCAUGUUUGUUGUUAUAUUGCAUUUUAAAACUGCUUUCAUUUUGAUGGUUUGAUGGAAUGUAAAAUCUCUUUUACAUCCUGAAUUUCUUAGAUGCUCAACAACAAAAAAUAGUCUCCAUUAGCCAUUAAUACAUGAAAGAGAACAUAAGGCUGGGAUUUGUGGUGAAGGAUCUUUAUUUGCAAAUUGGAUGACACUGUGUGUAAUGCUACAUGUUAAUAAACACCAUCAUGGUUUGGCAAGAUAACUAAACUUUGUUCUGUGUAAAAAGGUGGGACGUGAAACAAACUGUGGACAUCAAAGGAAAUAUGAAAUCUGUUUCAAUGCUCAUGUUCUAAUCACUAAUAGAAUAACAUGAAUAACCUUGUAUGGUAGGAAAGGAAAAUUUGGGGAGUCAAUGAAGUCCAUUUAACCAAAUUGUAUAACAUAACAAAAUUAAUUUCAUUUUAGGAAUGUAUCCUUAAUUCUUUUACUUUUUAUAACUGCACACAUAAGAAUUUAAUAUUAUAUUUUUCAAAUAUUUGUAGCUUAUUAUUUAGAAAUAUUUCUAUAAUGUAGGCAAUUUCUUAAGAACCAUCAGUUGAUAUUUACAGUAGAAGUGUUCAUGUCCCUAAUUUUUAGUGGAAAACCCAAAGGGCUUUAAUGUUAUUUUUAUUUUACCCUUUAGAAAAAUUACAAAAGAUAAAUACUGAAAACCAAACAGAAAUGUAUAGUUCAUUACAUUAUUAUAGGGAAACACUCUUUUAGAACUCUGCCAGCCACCCUAGAUGUCCUGUGUGUCUUGUCACGGUUCACAACCCUCCUCCUCAACACCACAAAAGUAACCACUACAUUGAUUUCCAUAGUAAUCACUUCCUUGCAUUUCUUUAGUAUUUUAUUACCCAAGUCUAUAUCUCUACACACUGUUCUUUUAUCUUACCCAUUUAAAAUUGUUAUAAAAUAUAUCUUGUACAUCCCUUUUUAAUGUACAUGCUCCUCCUUCUUUCUUAAAAUUUACAUGGUCUUGAAGAACCUGGUCUUAUGACUUACAGAGUUGCCCACAAUCUGUAUUUUACUGAUUGCAGGCUUAUGGCGCAAUGCAGCAUGUUCCUCUGUCCUCUGGACAUUGACACAUGGAUCCAGAGGUUUGAGCGACUUUUGGCAAGACUAUAGGGUGAUGUGUUCUUUCAUCAGAGGGCACAUACUGUCUGGCCCUGUCUUUUUGUGACAUCAGCUAAAAUUGAUACUCAGUGCCUAGAUGUAUUGAUUUAUUGUGGGUUGGGGGAUAUUCUAAUUCUGUCAUUUCUUUUUUGUUUAUUACUUGGGACAUUUUUGUACAGAGAUGUUUUCUCACAUCUAUAAUUUGGCUCACCAGUGGCAAUGCUCGUGUAGAAAAGGGAAAACAAAUAUUUGUAUUCUUCCUUUUAUUUACCAGUUUUCAAGAUGAUAAACUUGUUUCCUAUCAUCCUCUAGUGAUCACUUUUUAAAGUGUUAUGAACUAACUCAUGGAUGAUUUCAUUUAGUCCAUUUAAAAUAUUACCUUAUUAAACUCAAAUUGUCCCAUCUUGGGCUACUGGGUGCCUCAUCAAGUUGUCCGGGUCCUUUCAACACUAGCAAUCUUUAAGUUUCCUUGCUGUCUCAUAUGACAAAAUAUUCCAGGCUCAACUUGUGUGUUUCCUGCCCCAGACCUGCCAUCAGCCAUUUCACUGAGAAGCCUGCUCAUUUUCAGUGAAAAAUGGUAUUUCAAAACUAUAACUGGGGCUGUUAUACUCAUUGCAACUAGAUUUGCCAUUGUUUCUGAGGGAGAACUAGGAAAUAUCUGUCGUUUAAAGAUAAAACACUUCAUGAGUUUGAUACUUCCAAAUCAAAUUGAGUACUACAGGGUUUUACCUGAUCCUUUUUAUUUCAACUGUAUCUCCAUUUUUCUGUACUGAGAAUCCUGGUUUCCCAAGACAGGCUACGAUAGAAUUAGAAUAUCCCACAGAUACUCAUUUCCUUUAUCUACCUUACACAUGCAACAGUCUCAGAAUAAUAGUACUGAUACAGCCACCACCAAUAUUUAAUGAAAACAAUUAAACAUUUUUUAAAUUUUCUCUCCCCAUUUCCCCCCUAUUUCUUAAAGUACUAGAUGAACAUUUUCAGAACAUUUUGGUAUGGUAUAACAUACUAUACUCUCUCCCU